AUGGCAAAAGUCUCGACAACAGAACCAAAUCGAAGGCGGGCCGAGCGUCCGGGACCGCACACCUCCACCGACAACCUGAUCGGCACGUCUGGACUGCGACUUGAGUUUCCUUUACCGCACAUCUCCACCGACAACCUGAUCAACACGUCUGGACUGCGACUUGAGCGUCCUGGACCGCCCGACUACACCGACGACCUGAUCGACACGUCACGACUGCGACUUGAAAUUCAACCGGAUGUAUGGGGCCAUACCGUAAGGAUGGAGACGAUACUGAUAGACCAUCUGUUCCAGCCUGGAUCAUACAGCAACAACGUCCGACCUAACGUUACCGUCAACGUUAAAUGCGCACUUACAAUUAACAACAUACUAGAACUGGAUAUUGUGGAACAGACGUUUUCCAUAAUGGGAUCUCUAAUUGUGAUAUGGGAUGAUUAUCGCCUGUCCUGGGACUCGAACGCAUGGAAUGGUGUUAAUUUGCUGUACCUGAAGCUAGAGGACAUCUGGAGGCCCCUGCUUGUUCACCGUAACUCGGCUAAGGGCAUCGACGUUUUUGGAGAUAACAGCAACCAUAAAAGUAUCCCUGCGUCCGUCCGCGAAUCUGGCGACCUCUACUGGCUGGGUCCCGCCUACCUUGUAUCGUUCUGCCAAGUCGAUGUCUCCAAGUUCCCAUUCGACACACAGACGUGUCAGAUAGAGAUAUCCUCAUGGAUGUUUGGGGAUGAAACAAUCAAUGUCAAGCACCUCUACGACAAAAUUAACCUCAUUGCGUUGGAAGAGAACGGGGAGUUUGAAGUUAUGAACACUUCCACAAAAUACAACGAGGUUCCUCUCAACUCUCUUAUUUCUUUAAAAGUGCUCGUGUUUGAAGUCGAACUGAAGCGGCGAUCUUCCUACUACCUUGUCAACCUUAUAUCUCCAAUUCUCAUGCUGCAGGCUCUCGGUAUCGUCAUUUUUCUGGUACCAGCAAGCUCGGGCGAGAAACUGUCCUUUGCCUUCACCCUACUCCUAUCACUGACCGUCCUCAUGUCCAUAGUCAGCGAGAAAGUGCCCACAACAUCACUUCAAGUGUCCACGCUAAGCAUCUAUCUUCUCGGUGGUGCCAUAAUCUGCGGCCUAGAGGUGAUCAUGACAGUGGUCAGUCUUAUUCUGAAGCACAGGCAGGACGAAGGCAAGCCCCUGACACCUGGCCUCCGCCGCUUCACGUACAUGCUUCAAAACCUUAAGUAUGGCCGGAAAAAGAAGUCGGACAUGGAUGAUGAACCAGAGACAAUCGAUUCGUCUGACGAUGUCGGCCGGGUGAAGGACGCGGUGUCUGAUCUGGCUGUUAAGUAA